UCAACUAGAGAAUAAAUUUAUAAAACCCUCAUCCAUCUGUCAUAUUCUGCCCUCAUUCACCAGCAAUUCCUAAUUCAUAAUCUAAUCUAGGGUUUUUGCUCCAAAGAUCAGAGCAGCGCCGAGAAAAACCUCAAAAACAUGGGGCACUCUAACAUCUGGAACUCUCACCCUAAGAGCUAUGGUCCUGGUUCUCGCGCUUGUCGUGUUUGCGGAAAUCCUCACGCAAUUAUUCGAAAGUAUGGUUUGAUGUGUUGCAGACAAUGCUUCCGUAGCAAUGCUAAGGAAAUUGGUUUCAUUAAGUACCGCUAAAGUGUAGCAUGGAAAUCCUCUGCAGAAGACGUUUUGAAGUGUUCUUAUUAGAUUAGGCUAUGAAUCAAUUUUCUAUAUUGUGUGACUUUUAAAGAUGUGAACUACUCAGCCAUCCAUAUUGAAAUUCUAGACUCUGUUUAAUGUAGCAAUCUUGGAUUUUCAGAUAAUAUAAUAGUAUGGUUUUACUUC